UGCGAGUCUGAGCUGGACACCCCUUUCCAGCUCCUCCGCUUAGAAUCCGUACCCGUCUCCGGAAGCAGCGUGCAAGCGGUCUGCAGAAGAUGCUGAGGGCCGCACUCGGGUCCACCAACUCCACCCCGGCAGGGGAGUGGGGCGGGGCCAGACCCCGCGCACGCGCACUGGCACCGGAGGCAGCUGGUCCUCCCUGGCGGCCACGUGAUGCGGGCUGCGGGGCGGGAGGGACGCACCCGCGGAAGGUGGUAAACGGCGGGAGGAGCCGCGGCGGUAGCAGCAUCAUGCCAGCGCUGUACGGAGGUGUAGAGGGGGGAGGCACAAAGUCCAAGGUCCUUUUAGUCUCAGAGGAUGGGCAGAUCGUGGCAGAAGCAGACGGACUCAGCACAAAUCACUGGCUGAUUGGAACAGAGAAGUGUGUGGAGAGAAUCAAUGAGAUGGUGACCAGGGCCAAGCAGAAAGCAGGGGUGGAUCCUCUGUCCCCUCUCCGAAGCCUGGGCCUGUCCCUGAGCGGUGGGGAGCAGGAGGAUGCAGUGAGGAUCCUGAUGGAAGAGAUGAGGAGCCGAUUUCCCUACCUAAGUGAAAACUACUUUAUCACCACUGAUGCCGCCGGCUCCAUUGCCACAGCCACACCAGAUGGUGGGAUCGUGCUCAUCUCCGGGACAGGCUCCAACUGCAGACUCAUCAACCCUGAUGGCUCGGAGAGUGGCUGCGGCGGCUGGGGCCACAUGAUGGGGGACGAGGGCUCAGCUUACUGGAUUGCACACCAAGCAGUGAAAAUAGUGUUUGACUCCAUCGACAACCUAGAGGCGGCACCUCAUGACAUUGGCUGCGUCAAACAGGCCAUGUUUGACUAUUUCCAGGUGCCAGAUCGAUUAGGAAUCCUCACCUACCUGUAUAGGGAUUUUGAUAAAAGCAGGUUUGCUGGGUUUUGCCAGAAAAUUGCAGAAGGUGCUCAGCAGGGAGAUCCCCUUUCCCGGUAUAUCUUCAGGAAGGCCGGCGAGAUGCUGGGCAGACACAUUGUGGCAGUGUUGCCAGAGAUUGACCCGGUCUUGUUCCAAGGAGAGAUUGGCCUCCCUAUACUGUGUGUGGGCUCUGUGUGGAAGAGCUGGGAGUUGCUGAAGGAAGGUUUUCUUUUGGCACUGACCCAGGGCAGAGAGAUCCAGGCUCAAAACUCCUUCUCUAGCUUCACCCUGAUGAAGCUGCGCCACUCCUCCGCCCUGGGUGGGGCCAGCCUAGGUGCCAAGCACGUUGGGCACAUCCUUCCCAUGGACUAUAGUGUCAAUGCCACUGCCUUCUACUCCUAUACCUUCUCCUAGGGAUGGUCAUGGCUCCACCUCUCCAAGGCCAAUGGACGUUGGGUACCGGGAGGAGGUGUUUUGUGUCCCCCCAACCCCUUUUUUUUUAAACCACAGAGAAGAAAAUAAAUGCACUUUAUUCACUCCCCA